ACACACAACUCAGUAAAUCCGGAUGGUUCAUAAAUCGGUUGUAGGCGGAUUUAAGCUCGUGACCGUGGUGUGUGUGAGACGCUGAUCUGAGCUCAGGGGGUUUAUUACAGUGACCGUGAACUUCUGUGUGGGGUUUAAUAAGUCUGUAGUGUGUCAGCUGGGAUGUCGAGCAGGAAACCAGCAGACAGGUGGAUGGGUGAGCUGUCAGUCUGAGAGAGAGAGAGCGUUAAAGGUUUCCUCAGAAUAGAGACAUCUCCGGUUCCUUCAGAAGAUCGUCGGUACACGUCAUGUCGAACUCUGGUGUAAAUGAGAACACUCCUCUGUUGGAGAGCACGGGGAGUCUUUACAGGUCGGAGUCGGUGUUCCGAGGGCGGCGUCUGGCCUGCGCCGCCAUCCUGCUGGCCGAGUCUCUGGAGCGGGUGGCUUUUUACGGCAUCACCUCCAACCUGGUGCUGUUCCUGAACGGCAGCCCGUUCUACUGGGAUGGCACGUUAGCCAGCCAGGCGCCGCUCAUCUUCAUGGGUGUGACUUAUCUGGUGUCUCCGUUCGGCGGCUGGUUGGCCGACGCCUGCCUCGGAAAGUUUUGCACCAUCGCAGGGAGUUUUGUUUUGUAUUUACUGGGGAUGCUGCUGUUCCCCUUCGUGUCCAGUGACAACACCCGGGUGAGGCUGUGUGGUGAAGAGAUGGCGUUUCCUGUCCAGCCGGUCGAGUGUUAUAACACGAACGCGUCACUUCCUGCCAACGUCAGCUGUCCGACCCGGAAGGCCUACUGCAGUCCUGUGAUCUACUCGGGCUUGGUGCUGGUGGCUCUGGGAGUCGGAGCGGUGAAGUCUAACAUCACACCGUUCGGAGCAGAUCAGGUGAAGGAUCGCGGUCCCGAAGCGACGAGGCGUUUCUUUAACUGGUUUUACUGGUGCAUUAAUCUGGGUGCGAUCGUGUCCCUGGGUGGUGUCGCCUACAUCCAGCAGAAUAUCAGCUUCUCUUUGGGUUUCUCCAUCCCUGCCGGCUGUCUGGGAGUCUCACUGAUCAUCUUCCUCCUGGGACGCACCGUCUUCAUCACCAAACCCCCGGACGGCAGCGCGUUCACACACUUGGUGAAAAUCCUGGGAUCGGCCUGCUGUGGGGGACCUGCAGAACCUCAACUGCUCAGGCCAAAGCCGAGUCUGCUGGACGGAGCGAAGCUGACGUACGGAGGGAGAUUCUCUGAAGAGAAAGUAGAGGAAGUGAAAUCGCUGCUGAAAAUCCUGCCUGUGUUUCUGGCCCUCAUCCCUUACUGGACCGUCUACUUCCAGAUGCAGACGACUUAUUACCUGCAGAGCCUCCACCUGCUCAUCCCCGGCACUGAGGCCCAGAACUCCACAGAGCUGCAACAGACACACUUCACGUUGCCUGCUGCCUGGCUGACGAUGGUGGACGCCGUGUUGAUCCUGAUACUGAUUCCUCUGAAGGAUAAAGUUGUGGAUCCGAUGCUGAAGCGCAGAGGCCUGCUGCCGUCCUCACUGAAGAGGAUCGCCGUCGGAAUGUUCUUCGUCAUGUGCUCUGCCAUCGCUGCUGGUAUUUUGGAGACAAAGAGGUUGGAGAUCGUUCACACUCAGGAGCCGAUUAGUCAGGACCUCGGUGGAGUGACGUAUUACGCUGCCAACCUGCCCAUAUGGUGGCAAAUCCCUCAGUACGUUCUCAUCGGCAUCAGUGAGAUCUUCGCCAGUAUCGCAGGGUUGGAGUUUGCGUACUCGGCGGCUCCUCGCUCCAUGCAGAGUGCUAUAAUGGGUCUGUUCUUCUUCUUCUCUGGUAUCGGCUCGUUCGUGGGCUCCGGGCUGCUCGCCAUCGUCUCUCUCAAACCCAUUGGAUGGAUGUCUUCACACCAGGACUUUGAUGCACAAACCCCUGCCCGCAGGCUUACAUCCUCCCUACCGAGUGCACUACUUUCCAUCUUCUCCCAUCACGCAGCAGCAGCACGAAGAACACAAGCACACACACUGAAACAUCAACAACUGCACACUGAAUUAUUAUUUCUUCCUCCUGGCUGGGAUUCAGGGCAUCACACUCCUCGUCUUCCUCAUCGUCUCGGUCAAAUACGAUAGGCAGAAAUCCAAAGUGAACCACAGGUCCUCAUUCAACUCCUGACCCACACACUCACACACGCACACACACACACACACACACACACACACACACACACACACACACACACACACACUGUGGAUUUCCCAGCAUGCCUUAGCAGAAGCCUGUCACACUACCCACCUGCAGUUAUUUAUAUAUUUAAUGUCCGGAUCUUCAGCCGUUCAGUAAAGAGAAUCGCGUCACUGACCGGAGAUCAGAUUUAUAACCUAUGAGUUUGGGGCUUCUGUGUUUCCUCUGUUUAACAUCCACAGAGUAACUGAUCCUGGGUCAGUCUCAGGACCGGAAAAGCCGUAACGUUGCCUGUGCCUCGGCAGCAGAGCUACAGAUCAGAGCCCGUCGUUCGUUCUGCUUCAGACGCUGAAUAUUCUCAUUUAAAUAAAUAAAUAAAUAAAUAAACAAACAAACAAACAAAUAAAUAAAUAAAUAAAACUCUUUAAAAUAGCAAACAAAAUAAAUAAAACAAACAAAAAUCCGCAUCACUUUGUAUAAACCGAAAUGAACAAGUCCUUAAGCGUCUCCGCUCGUGUCCUCGGGCAGAUUCGGCGUCGUUCGUCUCUAACAAACAAGUGUUUUUAAAUAUUUUACUACGUAACCGUAGAAACGUCAUUACGUGUGCGAGACGUCGAGACGCUUCUUCUCUCUCCCAGGACCUCCAUUAGGUGAUGAUGAUGAUGAUGAUGAUGAUGAAGGUGAACGUUCCUUCGUCAGUUUGUAAACCAAACUGCUCACUGCUCUGUAAACAAAGAUGGCCGCCUCUUAUAGCUACGUUGUUAAAUUAAUGAAGGACGUUUCAGACAUUUUUUUUAAACACGUCUUUUGCCUGUUAGUUUGUGUCCGGCGUUAAUCUGGACAUCUGAUUUUUAUUAUUUUUUAAUUAUAUAUAUAUAAAAUAAAGAGUGUGUAAGAUUGAGCACUUAUCCACAUGAAGAUGUGAAAGCGUGUGUGACGUCACACAGUUGUGUGUCUUCAGCACUGCACUAGUUCAGCACUCAGCACUGCACUCUGAUUGGCUCCUCCGUGCCGCGUGCUAGCGAGGAUUAGCGUGUUCGUCUGGACAAAUCACUGACUGACUGUUGACACUUUUGUCUCUGACCUGUUUCCUGUUUGCACUUUUUUAUGGUGGUGUUUUUCAGAACGUUUGUUUUCUUUAUUUCCUCUCUGUGUGACUGACGUCUCGCUUCUCCACAUCCUGCUGCAGAAAUAAACGAUGUUUCUCACUCG